AUGGCAAACCUGUUCUUUAGGCGCUCUUCUCAUUCCCCCAUUUGCCUUCUCCGUAACUCGGCUGAGGAAUCAACGGAACAUCUUUUUCUCCAAUGCCUGUGGGUAGAGGCGGUGUGGAAUGGGGGAAGUAUGACUCGCGGUAUUGGCCGGGAGGGGAUAAUUUCUUGGGUAAAUUGGUUAAAUGAUAUUUAUGAUGCGGCUUUUGCUAACAGGGGUGAAAGGAUCAAACUGUUCUCAUAUAUUGCUGUUACCUGUUGGCAUAUUUGGAAGUCUCGGUGCAACUUUAUCUUUAAGCAGCAACCAAUUUACCCAGGGCAGGUUAUCGCCGAUGUUCAUCAUUCGGUGGGUAUGUUCCUAGAGGCCAAUCGUGUUCCAAGUAGUAGGCCCCGGAUCAAUGAUUUGGAUCGGGGAAAUGACUUAUCUUGGUCUCCUCCUGGCUCGGGUAUCAUCAAGAUAAAUGUGGACGCAAGUUGGAAUGCUAGGGAGAGUGUGGGCUUCGUGGGUGUGGUGGCUAGGGAUGAUCAUGGCAGGUUUGUGGCUGCAUGCAGAAAGAAGAUCUGUGCCUCGAGUGCGGUAAUGGCUGAAGCUAAGGCAAUUUUGCAUGGCUGUUCGUUGGGGCGGUAUAUGGGGUGGAAUGAUAUUAUCAUUGAAUCAGAUUCUUUGGACUCUGUGUCUUGUCUUCAGGAUCUUAAUUCGAUGGGCAGUUGGGAUGCUUUUCCUUUGCUAGCUAAGUGCACAAGUCUGGGGAAGGCUUUCCAAGAUUGCCGCUGGUCUUGGGUUCCAAGAUCGGCCAACAAGGCAGCGGACAGUUUGGUGUCGUGGCAAAGUAGGGAAGUAUGUGAUUUUGUUUGGGUUAACCGACCCCCAUCUUCCCUUGUUCAUGUUCUGUGUAAUGACGGCCUCCCUUGUCCCCAUUAG